GACUAUCGGUGGAGUUUACCGUGGGAUUUUUACGCAUUGGAUACUCUGGUAGUCUAUUUAACUAAGUGAUGGAACUGGGGGAGGCCAGUAGAUCCCCCAUCAACUCCAUUUCCCAGCAGACAACAUGAAGGAGGAAGUUCGGCUUGCCCCGAGAGCCGGAAGAGUCCAUUCCAUCGGACCUUGCGCCAUGAGUCUCAUUAACAUCUGCUUCAGAGUGUAAAAAAAGGGAUUAAAACAUCAUCUCCUCCUCUUCUGCUUUUGUCUUUCCUCUUAUCACCCUACUGGAGGAAGACACCAAUUCCCCCACAACGUCCACUGCUCUCUAGCAACUGGACGUUUUACAGAUGUGAAGGGCCUUAAGACUGUUAACCACAAAGACUGUUCUCCUUGCUAUUACCCUUGUCCCUGUAAAAACAUAUUUUUAUAACAAAUUAUUCAUGUGAAAAUAUCUCUGGGCCUUUGGAUACAAUUUUGUGGAUACUUACUCCUGAAAUUGGACCUCACCACUCUGAGAUUUGAUUGACAUCCAUGCAAGCGCACCAUCUGGGAUUAUAAACUCUCAAUUCUUUGCAACAAUGGAUCUUGUAGGUUUUUGCAUGAGGCUGCAGAUGUUCCUGAGCUCCCUGCUUGGGGUAUGUUUUGGCCUGGAGUUCACGGGCAUACCAGGCCAGUGGGCGCGCUACCUCCGCUGGGAUGCCAGCACCCGUGGUGACCUCAGCUUUCAGUUCAAGACGGAUGCCUCUGAGGCACUGCUGCUGUACUUUGACGACGGAGGCUACUGCGACUUCCUGCAGCUGUCUGUGGUGGAGGGCCGGCUUCAGCUGCGGUUCAGCAUCGAUUGCGCCGAGACCGCCGUAGUGUCCGAUCAGAGAGUGGACGAUGGGAGCUGGCACUUUGCCACGCUGAGCCGGAGUAACCUGCGCACAACACUAGUGCUGGAUGGCCAGGCAAAAGCAGACGAGGUGCGGCCCCAGCGCCAGUUCAUGAAGAUUGUGAGCGAUCUGUUCCUGGGUGGAGUACCUCAGGAUAUCCGCGAUGGUGCGCUCACGCUGCCCACGGUGCGUGACACCUCACCCUUCCAGGGUGUUAUUACUGACCUCAAAUACGGCAACUCAGAGCCGGUCCUCUUGGGGAGUCUUAAGGUACCGCUGGAGUCGGAGGGCAGGUGCACGGUCAACCCAUGUGAAAAUGGUGGCUCCUGCUCAGUGGUGGACGGGGAGCCACUGUGUGACUGCUCCAAAACAGAAUACAAGGGCCGCUUCUGCAAUGAAGAGGUCAACAGCAAUAUGCCAGGCCUUGCACACAUGAUGGCAGAACAAGCUAAAAGCAAAGCGAGGGAAGAGAAUGUGGCUACUUUCCGUGGCUCCGAAUACUUCUGCUACGAUCUUUCCCAGAACCCCAUCCAGAGCAGCAGCGACGAGAUCACGCUGUCUUUCAAGACGUGGCAGCGCAACGGCCUCAUCCUCCAUACCGGCAAGUCGGCAGACUACGUCAACCUGGCACUGAAGGACGGCGCCGUGUCCCUCGUCAUCAACUUGGGAUCUGGAGCCUUCGAGGCCAUCGUGGAGCCAGUCAACGGAAAGUUCAAUGACAACUCAUGGCAUGAUGUCAAAGUCACCCGUAACCUCCGACAGCAAUCAGGCAUUGGACACGCUAUGGUAAACAAACUCCAUUGUCUGGUGACAAUAUCUGUGGAUGGAAUACUGACCACCACAGGUUACACCCAGGAAGAUUACACCAUGUUGGGCUCUGAUGACUUCUUCUAUGUGGGUGGAAGUCCCAGCACUGCUGACCUGCCUGGAUCUCCAGUCAGCAACAACUUCAUGGGCUGCCUCAAAGAGGUGGUGUACAAGAACAACGACAUCCGUCUGGAGUUGUCCCGGCUAGCUCGCAUUGUGGACCCCAAGAUGAAGAUUCAGGGUGAGGUGUCCUACAAGUGUGAGAAUGUGGCCACCCUGGAUCCUAUUUCAUUUGAGACCCCAGAGGCCUACAUCAGCCUCCCCAAAUGGAACACCAAGCGGAUGGGAUCCAUCUCCUUCGACUUCCGCACCACAGAGCCCAAUGGUCUCAUCCUCUUCACCCAUGGCAAGCCCCAGGAGCGUAAGGAAGCCUCCCGCAGCCAGAAGAACACUAAGGUGGAUUUCUUUGCGGUGGAGCUGCUUGAUGGCAGCCUGUACCUGCUCCUGGACAUGGGCUCAGGGACCAUUAAGGUGAAAGCCACCCAGACCAAAGUCAAUGAUGGUGCCUGGUACCACGUGGAUAUCCAGAGAGACGGACGCUCAGGCACCAUCUCAGUGAACAGCAGGCGGACUCCAUUUACCGCCAGUGGUGAGAGUGAGAUCCUGGACCUGGAGGGUGACAUGUACCUGGGGGGCCUCCCUGCUGACCGCACCAACCUCAUCCUGCCCACUGAGCUGUGGACGGCUAUGCUCAACUACGGUUAUGUUGGCUGUGUCCGUGACCUUUUCAUUGAUGGCCGAAGCAAGGACAUCCGUCAGAUUGCCGAGGCACAGAAUGGUGCUGGCAUCAAGCCCUCGUGCACGAAGCAGCCGGGCAAACAGUGCGAGAGCUACCCAUGCAAGAACCGAGGGGUCUGCAAAGAAGGCUGGAAUCGCUUCAUCUGCGACUGCACUGGCACUGGGUACUGGUCCCGCACCUGCGAGAGAGAGGCCUCCAUCCUCUCGUACGACGGCAGCAUGUACAUGAAGGUGGUGAUGCCCACGGUCAUGCACACGGAGGCGGAGGACGUCUCGCUGCGUUUCCGCUCCCAGCGAGCCUAUGGCCUCCUCAUGGCCACCACCUCGCGUGACUCAGCUGACACGCUCCGGCUUGAGCUGGACGGGGGUCGCGUCAAACUCACGGUCAACCUAGACUGUAUCAGGAUAAACUGUAACUCCAGCAAGGGACCAGAGACCCUGUAUGCCGGGCAAAAGCUCAAUGAUAAUGAGUGGCAUACGGUACGCGUGGGCCGCCGGGGCAAAACCUACAAGCUAACAGUUGACGAUGAUGUAGCAGAAGGCCAAAUGGCAGGUGACCACACUCGUCUGGAGUUCCACAACAUCGAGACAGGCAUCAUGACAGAGCGUCGCUUUGUUUCCAGCAUUCCCUCCAGCUUUAUUGGCCAUCUUCAAAGCCUUAGAUUCAAUGGCAUGCUCUACAUAGACCUGUGCAAGAACGGUGACAUAGACUACUGUGAGCUCAACGCCCGCUUCGGGAUGCGCUCCAUCAUCGCCGACCCGGUCACCUUCAAGUCCAAGAGCAGCUACCUGAGCCUGGCCACCCUGCAGGCGUACACCUCCAUGCACCUCUUCUUCCAGUUCAAGACCACCUCCCCUGAUGGCUUCAUACUCUUCAAUUCAGGAGACGGAAAUGAUUUCAUCGCUGUGGAGCUGGUUAAAGGGUACAUCCACUACGUGUUUGACCUCGGUAACGGGCCCAACCUCAUCAAGGGCAAAAGUGAGCGGGCUCUCAACGACAAUCAGUGGCACAAUGUGGUCAUCACCCGGGACAACAGCAACACACACACACUGAAAGUCGACGCCACGGCCACCAGUCAGAGCAUCAACGGCGCCAAGAACCUUGACCUGAAAGGUGAUCUGUUCAUUGCCGGUCUGGGCCCAGGCAUGUAUGGCAACCUACCCAAACUGGUGGCUUCCAGGGAAGGCUUCCAGGGCUGCCUGGCGUCGGUGGACCUCAACGGUCGGCUUCCGGACCUCCUCAGCGACGCGCUGUUUCGCAGCGGGCAGAUUGAGCGCGGAUGCGAAGGUCCCAGUACCACCUGUCAGGAGGACUCCUGUGCCAACAUGGGCAUCUGUAUCCAGCAGUGGGAGAACUACACCUGUGACUGCUCCAUGACCUCGUACACCGGCACCCAGUGCAAUGACCCUGGGACGACGUACAUCUUUGGGAAAGGAGGAGGCCUGAUCUUGUUCAAGUGGCCAGCUAAUGAUAGGCCGAGCACCAGGACCGACCGGCUCACUGUCGGUUUCAGCACCUCCCUGAAAGACGGCAUCCUGGUCAGGAUUGACAGUGCUCCGGGCCUGGGGGACUAUCUCAUGCUGCACAUACAACAAGGAAAAAUCGGGGUGACAUUCAACAUAGGCAUCGUGGAUAUCACUGUUCAGGAGAGCAGUACCCCAGUGAAUGAUGGGAAGUACCACGUGGUCCGCUUCACCAGGAACGGCGGCAACGCUACCCUGCAGGUGGACAACUGGGCUAUCAAUGAACACUUCCCAACAGGGAACAGCGACAUUGAACGCUAUCAAAUGGCCAAUAAGAAAAUCCCUUUCAAAUACACCAGACCAGUAGAGGAGUGGCUACAAGAGAAAGGCCGGCAGCUAACGAUAUUCAACACCCAAGCAACAGUCGCCAUUGGAGGUAGUAACCGUGGCCGGCCGUUUCAGGGUCAGCUGUCUGGCCUGUACUACAAUGGCCUCAAGGUCUUGAACAUGGCUGCCGAGGGCAACCCUAACAUCAAGAUCAACGGCAGUGUGAGGUUGGUGGGUGACGUGCCCAGUGUAGCAGGCUCAGCCAGAACCACCGCAAUGCCUCCGGAGAUGUCCACCACCUUCAUCGAGACCACCACCACGAUGUCCACCACCACCACCCGAAAACAUCGCUCCUCCUCCACUAAAAAUAGUACAGUACAACACACAACGGAUGACAUCGGGUCGUCUGCUGAGUGUUCGAGUGAUGACGAGGACCUGGAGGAGUGCGAAACAGGCCAUGCAGGUGAAUUAGUGAUCCCAGUACUUGUUGAGGAUCCGUUAGUGCACCCCUCUGUAGCUCCUCGUGCACCCUUCAUUCCCCUCCCCCCAACCCACCACCCACUCCUCACCAUUAUUGAGACCACCAAAGAGUCCCUGUCCAAGGCCACUGAGGCGGGGGUACCUUGCUUGUCGGACCAAGGCAGCGAUGAUUGUGAUGAUGAUGAUGAUGGCUUGGUGAUAUCGGGGUAUGGCUCUGGGGAAGCAUUCAACUCUAACCUGCCCCCUACUGAUGAUGAAGAUUUUUACACCACCUUCUCCUUGGUAACAGAUAAGACCUUGACCACCACUACCGCCAUGCCACUAACCCCUGACCAGAGCCGCACCACCACCACCUCCGCCUCCACCGCAACCCUCCACAAUGCUCCCGCCGCCAAACGGCCGGCUGGCAAAAUGAAUAACCGCGAGCUAAAACCCCAGCCAGACCUAGUGUUGCUCCCGUUGCCCACGUCCUUUGAGGUAGACAGCACCAAGCUGAGGGGCCCAUUAAUAACCUCCCCCAUGUUCCGUAAUGUACCCACAGCACUCCCCACCGAGCCGGGCGUCAGGCGAGUCCCGGGGCCCUCGGAAGUGGUCCGCGAAUCUAGCAGCACCACCGGGAUGGUCGUCGGAAUAGUGGCGGCCGCUGCCCUGUGCAUCCUCAUCCUUCUGUACGCCAUGUAUAAGUACAGGAACAGGGACGAAGGCUCCUACCAGGUGGACGAGAGCAGGAACUACAUCACCAACUCAGCCGUGCAGAGCAAUGGCGCCGUCAUGAAGGACAAACAGCAGAGCAUGAAAGGCGGCAACAAGAAACAGAAAAACAAGGAUAAAGAGUAUUAUGUGUGAGUGUGAGACUUUCGCAAACCCAAGAGAGCGCCUAUUUAUGAGAGAGAGAGAGAAAGAGAGAGGGAAAGAAAGGAUUGAGAGGACAUUUAUCAGUUUCCUUGCGAGGAGCUACGACAAAACGAUGGUAUAAACAUGGAACUUGAAUAAUCAUAUACUGUGCUGAGUGGUUGAACUGAUGACAUGUACUGUAAUAUAAAGCACACUUACUAUUGUAAGCAUACCGAGAAGGCUAAAUAGCAACUUUAGUGACCUUACUCUUCUAUCUGGUCAGAGACGUUAUCAGUGUAGAAUUAUUUCACAGCUACAUCAUUCUCCUAAGUGACUUUUAGAGCUAUGUGAUCCUUGGCGUAAUACAAAACAGAUUUUUUGGGUAAAAUUGGUAAAGACAAAUAAUAAUCUUGACCAUGUUCAGCAUGUAAGCAACAUGUAGUGCUUAACGAGUGGGUCAGGACACAAAGAUCAUUGUGAAAGUCAACAAAAAAGGACUCUGCCAUAUCAGAAUAUGACAAAAUUUGUAUUGUUUAUACAUUAUACAAGUGUGGUGUCUUAUUUAUUUAUUUUUUGCUCUAAGCAGAAAAAAGAAAAAAGGAAAAAAAUACAAUAAAAAAAAAACAACUACUGUGUAUCAAAUUAAACCAAGUGAGCAAAUCGCUAAGGGCAGAUCUUGUAGGAUCUAUUAGCUCUGGCAUCUGAUUUCACCACUAUUACUCUCAUUGUCUGAUGGACAGAGUGACUCUGAAAACGUGUUUGUGGCAAGAAGUGGUCGGUUUCUUUUGUCUCGGUAAAGCAACUGAUUGUAAAAUGCAUGCCAUCCUAAUUCUACAGCACAGUACAGUGCAGUAUACAGUACAGUAAAAGUACAAUAUACAGUGUUCAACUUGGGUUUGAACAUGUUCUCUUCAAAGCCAAAACGGUUCUUCAUCAUCAGAUCAGAACUUUGCAGCCACCUCCCUCUUUUAUUUCGUUGUUUUUUCCCCCCCGUACAAAAUGUUAUCCUUGGAAAAAAAUGGUCUCUUACUGAAAAAAGGUCUAUUGUUGAUUUGCAGCCAAUAGUGGUUGUAUCUUUUGCAACCCUCUGUAUGUUGGUUCAUUGCCUAUCGUUCUCUUUUUCUAUGGAGCUGUCAAGAGGAAGACAGAUGCAGUACUAUAACACUGUUAACAGAUGUCUAUACAGAAAUAAAUCUAAUGUGAAAAGUGUGAAUUCUAUCUGCUGUCACAGUCAACUGUGUCAAACAACAAGAAAUUUGUUUACAUAUUUUAUUACAUACUAGCCGUUGUACUUUGUAGGUAGGAUAUUGUACAUAUACCAUGACAGUUGUAAUUUUUUAGUACCUCUACUGUACAUACUGAACAUAUGGUUUAUUAGUGUAUUUCAUGCCGAAAACUAUUAACUGUUAAUUCACAUGGAAAAAGACUUUAAUCAGAGCGUGGAAAAUCAUAUCAAUAUUUUGUAAAGAAAGGAUAAAAAUCUAUUGUUAGCUUAGAAAUCUAAUCAGAGAUGUUUCUAAAGUCGCAUGGAUAUUUGACUACUUGAAGUUGUCCAACAAAUACAAGAUGCCCUUCUUAACUGUACCGUGGCUUUCUUGUUCUGGGUUCCUCUAGUGUUAUUUCUAUUUGAAAGAGAAUAAAGUCAAAGCUAUGAUAAAGAGAGAAAGAUGAAGAGACUAUCGUGGAUGGGAAUGCACAGCUCAGACAUGCAACAUCAAACAGUUGUGAUUCUUCAUGACGUGGGACUGAGCACCUCAGUUCAUUGUCUGGUCACCUUUUUGUCAUUAGUUGCCUUUUUCUUUUGACAAUUGUUUAUCGUUCGUUUAUGUUUCCAUUAUAUGCCAUUGUUAUUCAGUACUUUGUUACUCAUUGAUUUUUGGAGUUGCGGUCUUUUUUUGUGUUAUCUAAA